AUGACGGAUCAACAUCAUGAAGAGGAAGAACACGAUAGACGCAACGAGGAAGAAGUAAUCUUUCCCGAAAAUAGUAUGGACAUCUCCGACCAAAUAGGGAGAGCGUUAGAAAAGUACACCCCCGUUCUACUUAAAAGGUUGAAUGAAACUAUGGAAGGGGCUAUGAACAAUCAUAUAGCUCAAAUGAUUCGAGAAGAGGUGGCACUGAAUGUGCAACGAGAAUUCGAGAAACAGGAUGGUGAAGUUAAGGGUAAAAAGACCGAAGACGAAAGAGAGGUGGAAGCGACGGGGGAGAAGGGUUACAAGAAGAAUUUCACGUUUAGGGAUUUUGAAGUAUGUCACACACCUGAGUAUCAUGGUGAUCGUGACCCUAUAGUUUGCACAAGAUGGAUAUCGGAGAUUGAAGGAGCCUUUCGCACUAGCCAAUGUCCUUCGCAUCUUAAGGUGGUAUUUGCAGUAGGCAUGCUUCGUAAUAGUCAGAAGCGAUGGUGGGAUGGUUUGUUGACGGUGAAGAAGGAAGCUAUGGAACGGGUGGAAUGGCCCGAGUUCAAGACAAUGUUCUUCAAGGAGUAUAGGUCGAAGGCUGAAGUCACUAAAAUAAGAAGUGAAUUCCUCAACGAUUGUCAAGGGAGCUUAAGCUUGAAUGAAUUUCUCGCCCAAUUCUUGGAUAAAGCACAAUUUUUUCAGGAGUUUCUUGGAAACAAUCAUUUGCUCAAGGAGCAAUUCUACAUGAAGUUGAGGAAGGAUAUAAGGGAGAAGAUAAGUCUUCGACAAAUGGAGUCUUUCUCCAUGUUGGCAGAUGUAGCUCGGGACCAUGAAAUCGAGCAAACUCGAGUUGAUGAAGAAGGCCCGAGAAGAAAGAUUGAGAUUAGUAACUCCCCAAACAAGAAGCCUAGGCAAGUUGAAGGUUCAAGUAGAGGGUUCGCAAGGAACGACCUUCCUUUUUGCCAACAAUGCAAAAGGAACCAUCCGAGUGUGUGCAAAGCGUCAAUGAAAGGAUGUUAUAAUUGUGGACAGGUAGGGUAUAUGAGUCAAGAUUGCAAGGCAGGGUCGGAGAAGUCAAUCAUAUGCUUUAAAUGUUUUGAAGGGGGACACAUGAAGAGUUCUUGUCCCACACUAACCGAAGAAGAAAGGCAAAAGGAGAGGAGAAAGGAAGUGGAAAGAAGGAAUGCUCGAGCUUAUGGAAACUAA